AUGACAUCGAAUGGAACCGAAUUCGUUGGUUGGACACCAUCGCCGGACGGAAGAGGCACCUACGAUAUCAUAGUGACAUGCCUCGUCACAACAUUUUUAUGCUGUUGGACCUCGGUUUAUCCCAACAUCCCUGCGCCUGGAGAUGGCUUUUGGAGUUCAAUUAGGGAUAAACUGGGUCUUGCAUGUAUGGGAUUGCUAGGACCUGAGUUUAUUAUAGUGUUGGCUAUUGGGCAAAAGUCUUCGGCUCGGAGAUCUGUCGUUAAGUUCAAACAGGCAGGAUAUACACAAUGGACCAUUACGCAUGGUUUCUUCGCCGACAUGGGUGGAUUUGUACUUGACGCCUCGGAUCUCCGUCAACCGAUCCCCCUCAAUGCUGAACAACUAUUUUACCUAGUUAACAACUCGUAUGUCGAUUAUCCUAGCACCAGUGAUCGAGAGCUCAAGGACAGGAACAAGUCAGAUGGGUUAGCAAGACUCAUAACCCUUUGGCAAGGAACUUGGUUCAUUAUAACAUUUAUUGCACGGCUAAUUCAGGGACUUCAUGUGACGACCAUGGAACUCACAGCGGUUUCGUUUGUAAUCAUUCUUUUUGGAACAGCAUGGUGCUGGAAAGACAAGCCAUCUGAUGUAGGGACCACGAUUACUGUCCCCUGCCUUACCACGAUGGAAGACAUCUUGAGACGUGAAGGACGUCAGCCAGAUCAGCCAUACUAUCAGACCCCCCUAGACUUUAUCAGCAGAGACGAAACAGCCUUGAACCUUGCUUGGCAAUAUUACAACGAACUCUCCCGAAAAAUCCUCUUCUCUCCCUUCUCGCGGCGCGUGAAGGAAGUCCCAUGGGACAGAAACCCCGGCGACAUCUUCCUCCGAAUGGACUUUGAUCUGGAACUAGUCGGCGUCGCAUUCAUCUUUGUCUUCAGCGCCGUCUUCCUAGGGGCCUGGAACUUCUCGUUUCCCAGCACUGUAGAGCGAGACUUUUGGCGCGUAGCUAGUGUUUACAUGCUAGCUUACGGCAUGUUUGGUGCGCUCUGGAUGGAGCUUUGCAUGUGGAUCUUCAUACCGCAGUAUCGCCUCGCUGAGGGUCUUGAGCUGAGCCUUGUUGAGCAAGCUCUUGAUCAACGACCGCAUCCUGUGAGGAACUGGCACCAUAGGUUCCAGAACUGGAGGAGAAGUCGGUUUAGUAAGAUUAGAGGUACUGGAGAUUCUGAUGGAGAAGGACUAACAUCGCAACGACCGAAGAAGGGCAUUUUUGCUUUCUUGAGCAGGACAUACAACAUUUCACAGGGCAAAGAUCCUCACUUGGGCGUCCAGGUCGGAUUCCUAAUCGUCACGUCUUUCCUGUGUGCCUCUUACUGUGUGUUUCGGCUGUUUAUCUUUGUCGAAGAUUUCAUUGGGUUGAGAGCGCUUCCGCAAAGUGCGUACCAGACGGUGGAAUGGGCAGAGUUCAUCCCUCAUAUCUAG